UCUUCGCACACAUCAUCGUAUUUAAUGUAUGUAGUAACGCCAUAACCCUGUGCAGCAUUUUUUUCUCUAGGUGGGUACUUUUAAGAACCUCAGUUUCCAUCUCCUAAGGUUCAGAGAGGUUAAAUGCCUUGCUUGAGGUCACACAUCUCAGAUUUGAGCCCAUGUCAUUCGACUCCAGAGGCCAUGGCCUUAUCUGCCACACUAUACUGCCACCCUAUAUUCCUGAAAAUGUGACUUUCCUGGGGUCAUUCAGCCCAGAUGAGAGCCACCCUGAGCAUAAGUUAAACUGGUGCUGCUUCCCUGUGCUUACACACAGCACACAGUUUGGCCAGAGCUUGGGUCUCUUUUCCUUACUUCCUUCCUCUCCCCAUCCAUCUCGCACAAGAGUGCUGGUUUUUCUCUGAGGACCAGGCCAUCCCAUAAUCCCCUGAUACUCAGGAUUAACUUGUCUCCGGGGGAAGUGGAUUCCAAGCUUGGAUAACCAUUGCCCCCCACAGAGUGUGUGGGGCGGUGGUCCGCCGUUGCAGGGGCUGGAGGAGGCUGUACUCCUGACUACGGGUUCCGGAAUCCUCCCGCCUGCUGGCCAUGAUGCCUUUGGCUUUCAGUCUGCGAGGACUCACACAGAGCCCGGGGCUGCAGGGAGCAAAAGGCGUCAGACUGACGCGUCAGAAGAGCCAGCUGUUCGGAACUGUGGGACCGCUUUGCCUUAUGGCAGAGAAGAUACAGGGUUUGUGGUUAGAAACCUUUGGUUAGGAGGCUGUGAGUCCUGCCCUUUAAGUGUGGAAGCUGUGACUUUGUUUUCCGAGUGUGUUCCUAGAACCCGAAGGAAGAGACAGCUGCCGAAACCAGGUGGCCCGGGGACUGAAUGACCCCUUCUCGGGGAGAAAGUCCUGGGAGGCUGGAAGAGCUGCUUUCAGCUGACAGGCGACCGAUGAGAAGUUGGCUGAGUUGGCUCUGGCGCCGGGCAUCCCAGAUGGUGACGCCUCUUCUCGGCCAGAGUGCGAGCAGAGACAGGAGUGCGGGCGGAGGUGCUGUGCGUGCGGGUGGGGCCCCUUCGCCCCACACCUCUUCUGGAGCCCGCCUCAGGCCAGCUCAAGGCUCAGCCUGCCCGCCAGGCCACCCACUCCUUCUCCCGAGAGGCGCGGCAGUGCUGUCCUUGUUUCACAGAUGGUGAUGGCGAGUCCCGGAGAAGGAAGCAGCCGGAACCCGUGUCGGGUGAGCGAGGACCCUGACAUCGACAGCCUGCUGUCCACCCUGUCCCCCGAGGAGAUGGAGGAGCUGGAGAAGGAGCUGGACGUGGUGGACCCAGACGGGAGCGUUCCCGUGGGGCUGCGGCAGAGAAACCAGACGGAGAAGCUGUCCACGGGCGUGUACAACCGGGAAGCCAUGCUCAACUUCUGUGAGAAGGAGACCAAGAAGCUCAUCCAGAGGGAGACGUCCACAGAUGAGGGCAAGCAAGUGGAGACCAAGACAGAUGCCAAGAACGGAGAGCAAAGGGGCAGGGGUGCCAGCAGAAAGCCCCUGGGCCCCAGGCAGGACUCGGACCAGGGGAGGGAGCCACAGAGCGGUGGUUUGAAGAAAAGCUUCUCAAGAGACAAGGAAGAAGCUGAGGGCAAAGGUGCAGAGAGGCCCAAGGAGGAGAAAGUCAUCAGGGGCCUGGAGAAGGGCCGGGUCAGGGCCGCGGUGGACAAGAAGGAGGCCGGGAAGGGGGGGCGGGCAGACGAGGAGACUGCGGCCCCCAGGAGGGACGAGGACAGGCAGGGGGCUGAAAGGAGUGCAGGGGGGAGCAGAGACAGGGGGCGGAAGGGGGCGGACAGGAAGGAGGCGAGCGAGAGAGAGGAGGCUGCAAAGGUGAAGGGGCCCAGCCAGGGCGUGGGUGCCCGGACGGAGGCCGAGAAGGUGGAGAGAGGGGGUGGCAGCGUGCUCGCGGGGAAGGGGGCCGAGAGAGCCAGGAGAGACGAGGCCCCCAGCCCAAAGGCCCCCGGAGAAGAGGGCAAGACGCCUGCACCAGAGAGGCCGGCCCCCGGGGCCCCCGCCAAGGCCGAGGAGGAGGCAGCCCCCAGCAUCUUCGACGAGCCCCUGGAGAGGGUGAAGAGGAACGACCCAGAGGUGACAGAGGUCAACGUGAACAACUCGGACUGCAUCACCACGGAGAUCCUGGUGCGCUUCGCUGAGGCGCUGGAGUUCAACACCGUGGUCAAGACCUUCGCCCUAGCCAACACGCGGGCGGACGACCACGUGGCCUUCGCCAUCGCCAUCAUGCUCAAGGCCAACAAGACCAUCACCAGCCUGAACCUGGACUCCAACCACAUCACCGGCAAGGGCAUCCUGGCCAUCUUCCGGGCCCUGCUCCAGAACAGCUCGCUGACCGAGCUGCGCUUCCACAACCAGCGCCACAUCUGCGGCGGCAAGACGGAGAUGGAGAUGGCCAGGCUGCUCAAGGACAACACCACCCUGCUCAAGCUGGGCUACCACUUCGAGCUGGCUGGGCCCCGCAUGACCGUCACCAACCUGCUCAGCCGCAACAUGGACCGGCAGCGGCAGAAACGGCAGCAGCAGCGGAGGGCGCAGGAGGCCGGCGGGGAGAAGGCGCUGCUGGAAGUGCCUAAGGCCGGGGCCCCCGCCAAGGGCUCUCCCAGGCCCUCCCCGCAGCCGUCCCCCAAGGCCGCCCCCAAGAACUUGCCCGGGAAAGGGGGCGGCCCGGCCGCGCCCCCGCCGCCCCCGCCCCCCCUGGCCCCACCCCUCAUCAUGGAGAACCUGAGGAACUCGCUGUCCCCGGCUACCCAGCGGAAGAUGGGCGACAGAGCCCUUCCCGCCCAGGAGAAGAACUCCCGGGACCAGCUGCUGGCCGCCAUCCGCUCCAGCAACCUCAAGCAGCUCAAGAAGUGGAGGUGCCCAAGCUGCUGCAGUAGGACCACCACGGGCUGCCAACGCCACGCUGCCCAGACCCCGCCCACCCGCCUGGCUGACCUGCUCUGCACGCCCCUGCUCUGCCAGGGGGCAGCUGGAGGCCGGGCCAGCUCCGGGAAGGACGCCUUCUCUCUCCUCACUUUCCUUUUCUUGUCUCUGAGGCUCUCUAAAAAUACCGUUUAUAGCCGGAGCUGAGCUUUCAGGACAAGAAGAGUCCUUUCAGACCGAGAAGAUGGCACACCUGGGGCCCAUGUGGCUGGCCAGCUGCCAAAGGCCUAUGAUCCAGGAAAGAUGUCCCACAGGGACCACAGGACCCGCCCGGCCCCACUGCCCACCCAGGGUCAGGAUUCAGGCCUCUGAGGAGCCCUUGGGGCAAAGCUGCUCGGCCAGUCCUCUCUGUGCCAGGCAAGGGCAGAAGGCUGGGGGUCCAAGGGCGCAAGGCGGGAGGGGCUGAGGAUACCCCCAGACCCCUCCCAGCUAACGAGAGGACAUGACACAGGUAGUGGGCCUGGAUGGACAUGCCCGGUGGGGAGCGGGCUCCAGACGGGAGGAGGGGACAGACUGCAGCUGGACCUGAAGGUUUGAUGCCAAAGCAGACACUUCCUCACACACACCUGCUGUUGUAUGAAUAGCUGUGUCUCUGUUUUUCCAUAAGAUUUUGAUAAUAUAUACAAGCCUUUAGCUGUGA